AUGGUCAAGCGUGAGUCGGUUGAGGGUGUUAGUGGACGGUUGAGUAUUACGCUUGACAAGGAAAGUUUUGCUCCCGGUGACGUCAUUCGUGGUGUCGUGAAACUUUGCAUGCUCGAGGUGGUCGAGACAAAAGAACCUUUGGUGGUGGAUUUUCAGGGAAGAGAAGCGGUUUCAUGGGACGAAGGAGGUUACAGCCCCGUCACUUAUGCUUUUGACAGAAUCUUUCUACAGCACAAGAUUCAAUUGACGCCGUCAACAUUGUACGAUGUCGGUGAACGGGAAUACCGUUUCGAGUUUCAAUUACCAAUGGAUCUUCCUUCGAGCUUUGAACUACACGAUGUCUAUUGUGAAACAGCAGAUCGUCUACAAAUUCGGAUCAAGUACCAGACAAGUGUGUGGCUCCGAAUGGACAGUGACUUGGUUGCGUACUUGAAUGCAGAGCAGGAGUUUACGGUACACGCUCCACCGAAAAUCAUCCCACCAGCAAGAGCUCUCGAGGUUUAUGCGUCGGAGGCGGUAUACUGGCUGUGCUGCAUCAAGCGUGGCAAUUUACAGAUGAUGGUCGAGGUUCCGAAAGAUAUGUAUCCUUCAGGUACAGUGAUCUCGCUUCAAUGUCGUGUGGAUGGAUCUGCCUGUAAGGCAACUGUAGACUCGAUCUCGGUGGAAUUGAUUGAAGACGUAAUGUUGCAAAACCUGGGUGGCCAACCCGAUCGGAUUGUCUCGCGUGUGCUAUCAACGCAACAAGUUGCUGGCCUAAGUCGUGGCCACACAAAAGACCAAGUAGUGCAUGUUAGACUGGUUGAAAACGAAAAGGAUCGUCUGGUAAACCCGGACGUGGUCACCCAUUUUGUUCGGUGCACUCAUCGACUGGUUAUUCGGUGUAAGCCGUGUAUGGCGCAGAGUAUUGUAAGUGAGCUACCAGUCCGAGUGCUGCACCACCACACGUUCUAUAGUGCAAGAGCUGGAGUAACCUCCGUAGAGAAGAUGAAACCCAAGGAUGAAAGUUUUAUUCAGUGUGGCUAG